UUCCAUCUUCAUUUUUAAACCACACUUUUAUUUUCCUCCAAAAUAAUCAGAAUCAAAAUCAAACAAAAUAAUAGAAAAAACAGAGAAACGUAUCGAAAAAGCUUCUCUAAUAAAGAAGAGAAAAGAGAGAUUCACCGUCUCUUUUUCUUUCUUCUUCUAUUUUCUGAUCCUCUUGCUUUCAUUUUCAGGGAAUUUCUUGACGAUAAAGUUGCGAGUUUGUGGUUAAACUCUGCUUGUCUUUGUCGUUUUGCUUUCAAGAUGGUGUCGUUUUCAAGAAUCUAGUUUCUGCUCAGGAAUCAAGGUUCAAGUUCGAUAAUAUUGAACAUUUCUUUAAUUGGUUGCUUUAUUGUGAAAUUGGGUACUCCUUUUGCGGAAUUUAUUGCGACCCUGGAAGCUUGAAGGGUCUUUGUCAUAAAAAAUUUGAUUCAAUUUCAUCAGGGUUAGUUGGCGCAAAUUUGUUGUUAAAAUGGUUGAUUCAAUUGCUACAACUUCACUUCUCGGCCACCGUCCUGUUUGUGGUGGAAAUUUGAUUAGGGAUGUAUCUGCGAAGAGGAAAUCUUUGAACAUUUGUAGGUUUACACCAGCUGAGUUUCUUGGUGGAAGGGUUGUUGUUUCACUACCUUUGACUAAAUCGAAACAAGAUGGGUUUUUGUCGUGUUCGUCAAUUAAGGCCCUUGCUGUCGAGCUUACAAGAGAAGCAUAUGCUUAUAGAGAAGAUAAGUUGCCAAAGAAAGGUAAUAGUAAGAUUGAUGGUGGAUUUGAUCGAAAACCUGGUUUGUGGCCACCGGAAAAUAGAGCAGAUAAGCCUUCGCUUAGAAACCCUUUGCUUCGACAAGAGAGGAUGGGAUGUGGUUGGUUGGGUGCUAUAUUUGAGUGGGAGGGGGUUCUUAUUGAGGAGAACCCUGAUUUAGAGAAGCAAGCUUGGCUUGUCCUCGCUCAAGAAGAAGGAAAACUCUCUCCUCCUGGUUUUGUAAUCAAGAGAAUUGAAGGUAUGAAAAAUGAACAGGCAAUUUCUGAAGUGCUGUGUUGGUCUAGGGACCGGACUGAGACGAGAAGAAUGGCUAACAGAAAGGAAGAAAUCUACCAAGCUUUACAAGGCGGGAUAUAUAGUCUCAUGCCUGGGUCUAAAGAGUUUGUCGGUGUUUUGAUGCAUUAUAAGAUACCGAUGGCUUUGGUUUCCACACGGCCUAGAAAGGUUAUUGAGUCUGCUAUGGGGGAAGUUGGUAUUGUAGAAAAUUUCAGUGUUAUUGUUGCAGCAGAGGAUGUUCACAGGGGAAAGCCUGAUCCAGAAAUGUUUGAGUAUGCAGCCCAGCUUUUGAACUUCAUACCUGAGAGGUGCAUUGUGUUUGGAAACUCAAAUCUGACAGUGGAGGCUGCACAUGAUGCACGGAUGAAGUGUGUUGCUGUGGCUAGCAAGCAUCCCGUGUAUGAGCUUGGGGCUGCAGACUUGGUUGUGAGGCGUCUGGACGAGCUUUCAGUGGUUGAUUUGAAGAAUUUGGCAGCCGUUGAAACAUCUGAAUUUGGGUCUCCAGAGCCUGAGUUAGAGAUGGAGUUGGAAAAAGAUGAUUCUGAUACAUCAUCUGUUGACGAAAGUUUCUGGUAAAUCCUAUAAAUGUACAGUCGAUUGAACUUCAUCUGAUUCUUGAUGAUAUUAGUUACAGAUUAGUUACAUGUGUAUAUGGUAACACUAAAUAGAAUAAUGAAAAAGGUUGUCCAAAGUGGUUUGCAUGAACAAUGAUGUUACUACUAUUGUAUAUUUUGUUUAUACAUGCAUGGAAUUUUCAGAUUUGA